AGCUGUCAGACAGUGGCAGUCAGUCCCUGUCUGUCACCGUGUGUCUGCCCCUGUAACCCGCACCUCAGCUCAGCCUGGCUGGCUUGGCAAGGGCCGAAUGUGGCAACCAGCCAAUGGGAGGGCGGGAGGCGCCGGAAGCUCCUGCUCCAGCCAGGGAGGAGGAAGGGGACUCUGCGGCUGCUGUUCUCAUCAUUACAGCUGCGGGGAGAUAGGAAAGUAGCCGGCUCUCCCUGGGCCUUAUUGUGUCUGCCUUGAAGGAUGUCAUCAGAUCCGGCCUGGUGCCCUUCAUCAGAGAGGAGAGCUCUGUGAGACAUCAUAGUGUAUACAGGCUGGUGUUCAGUGCAGCCCUGGAGCACUGUGUAUGCAUUUGUUACUGUAUUGCAAAGCCUUGGUGAAUAUGAUCUCAAAGCUACAAUCAGAAGUACAUGUUCAUGUUGGCUCUCCUUAUACACAUUUGGAGUUUAUUCACUAAACUGGAAAUUUGGGAGAAUUCACUAGGGAAUAACAAAUGACAAUCUUCAGUGUUGGAUCUUAGAAGAACUUCAUAACCAUUUGGAACUUUAGACAUAUUUUUCUCUCAGUUGCAACUUUCCAGAAACCUGGACAAAUGAUAGUGUUGCAACAUGGUAGCCCUUCGCCUCAUCCAGAACAGCCUCCUUUUGCUACAUCCAUUGGAUUGGGCAAAACACAAAUCAUUUUCCCUGUGCCAGCUCAGCCACAACGGAGGCCAAAUCAUGUAUUUCAACUGCCACCAUUGGAGGUUGUGCAAGAAGAAGACCUUGUUAAAGUUCUUGACCAAGAACCAUCUCUGGAAGAUCUUUGUAAGCCUUUGUCCUGUAAGCUUUGUAACGUCACUCUGAAUUCCGCACAGCAAGCACAAGCUCAUUAUCAGGGCAAAAACCACAGCAAGAAGUUACGGAAUUAUUGUGCAUCUAGUAGUUGUCCAGCCUCAUCUAGAUUAAGUCAUAAUCUAGAAACGACAUCAGGCCAGGCUUCCGCUACAUCUCCAAAUGUUACAUCUCCCAAAACAGGUGGGCGGGUGAUUCUUGCCACUGAGAAUGACUAUUGCAAACUGUGUGAUGCCUCAUUUAGCUCUCCUGUGGUAGCCCAAGCUCACUAUCAAGGAAAGAACCACGCAAAAAGGCUACGAUUAUCAGAGUCUUCAAACACCUCCGUAAUGGAUUCUGCAGAAUGCAAAAGGAGAGCACGGAAAGAGGGAAAUGACCAUAAAAUGAUGCAGAAUAGAAGAAAUUCUUGCACUCCACAGAAUAGUACAGGUCCAUAUUUCAAUCCUCGCUCUCGUCAGAGAAUUCCCAGAGACCUGGCGAUGUGCGUGACACCCAGUGGGCAAUUCUACUGUUCAAUGUGCAAUGCAGGAGCCAGCGAGGAGCUUGAAUUUCGGCAGCAUCUGGAAACAAAAUUACACAAAAGCAAGGUUUCUGAGCAGCGCUACCGCAGCGAGAUGGAGAACUUGGGAUACAUGUAGUGAAAUUGCCUGUGACAAGUUAUUUGUGUACACUUUGUUGUUUGGUUGAGUUUUCAAUCAUUGCCUCUAAACCUUUCAACAUUUCACAGAUUAUUGGCCUUUUCAUACAUUACCACUGUGCAUUCCCAGUAUUUGAGUUGUAGAUUCUCCAUUGCUACAUAUCUUUCAAGGAUGCCUUUUGAGAUCAUAACAUUUGCACAGCAAGAGACAUAAAACACACAAUCAUAAGUAAAAUAUGUUCUUCACGUGUAAAAACACAGUGAUUGCUAUUAGUGAACCUUUUUACUUGACUUGCCUUGUUAAACAUAUAUUUCUUCUAGCUGCGUUAUGCAGCACACUGUGCAAUGGACUACGUGUGAAGUAGCUGUCGCUCCAAAGAAUCUUCUUUUGGAAAUGAUAGGACAGUCUCGUUGACCACAUACUGUUCGGGUAGUGUGACCUAUGUGACUCUUGCAACACUUGGACAUUGGAAUUCUGAAGAACUGCACAAAUAUGUUGUGUGGUCCAACAGGUAUGAAAUAGGAUUUAAAAUAGGUGAUGCCACUGAAAAGCUCAACAGCUCAUCACUGUGUUUGCCAAAAGACAUUAUCAGAUUAUUUUUUUUUGCUCUGUGGGCAUUAAAUCAAUUGAUGUACAAUGCUAAUUAGUUGUUUUUUCCCUCUUCCAAAUAAUUGAGUUCUUCUGCACUUCAUUCCUUAUGCUCUUCUUGGAGCCACCAAGAGACAUUCAGCUCCAAAAGCUAUAAGGAUAACUAUAUUGUGGGACUUUGGCCAGUGAAUUAAGAGAAGGCAUGCUUUAUUUUAGUUUUCAAUGUAUCAGUGUUUUCUUUAGAGCAUUAAAUAUAUACCUUCGUAUGUGAUACACUCUUGCAUCACUGGGACAGAAGAUGGUCUACAGAAAAUUCUCUCUCCUGAUCACCUCCACAUGGAUCUACAAUUGUUUCAUGAUUAUCUGGAACCAUUAAAAAGGCUUUCAUGGCUCACAGCCUACCUCAAGUCAAUUCCAUGCAACCCCUUCUAUUUUUUAUUCUGGUUAAACGUAUUGAUGUUAAUGACAGUUAACUUUGAUUUAUGUGUAUCUAGACAUGUCUCUCAAUUCUUGUUACCAAGAAAAAGGCGGUUAAGGACAAAUGUCUCCUUUCUCAUAUUCACAAACCACAAAGCAGAACAUUUCAGAUGUUAAUGAAAUAAAA